AAAGGAUUUUUAAAAGGCUAGAACAAGGAAGUCUUCGGGAACAUGGAAGCUCAAUAUGAGCAAGCAGUAAAAAAGAUUGAGCAGGUUGAUAUGCAGAAUGAGAUAGCUGAUCUGGAAAAUGCUGAGAUUGUGAAGAGACAAGAAGGCUUCUCGGAAAUGUGGGAUGUUUUGAGAAAGAAGGAACUUAUAUGGAAGCAGAAAUCAAGAAGUAAAUGGGUGAGUGAGGGAGAUGCAAAUACCCGUUUUUUUCAUAGAGUCGCAAAAGGAAGAAGGGCACAGAAUAAUAUUGCGGGUUUAAUGUGUGAAGGGGCAUGGAUUGAAGAUCCAGAUUUAGUCAAAAAUGAGGUCUGCAGAUAUUUUAGAAGCCUGUUUCAAGGAGAGUCAUGGAAUAGACCCAAACCCGGGAAUAUUAGUUUCCAGCAGAUCUCAGAGGAGAAGAAGGAUUGGCUAGAAAGACCUUUUUCAGCGGAAGAAAUCGAGGAAGCGUUAAGGAGCUGUGAUGGUUCAAAGGCGCCGGGACCUGACGGGUACAAUUUCAACUUCAUUAAAUUUGCGUGGCACAGCAUAAAGGAGGAUUUUAUCAACUUUUUUUCUGAAUUCCAUCGUAAUGGAAAAUUGGUGAGGGGCCUAAAUUCUUCUUUUAUAGCCUUGAUUCCUAAGAAGUUGAAUGUUGGGGGAUUAAAGGAUUAUAGACCCAUCAGCUUGCUAGGAUGUGUCUAUAAAUUAUUAGCGAAGGUGCUGGCAAAUAGAUUGAAAUCUGUGGUAGCAGAAAUAGUGAGUGAAACGCAAUCUGCCUUUGUGGGGGGCCGUCAGUUGGUGGAUAGUGUUUUGGUGCUAAAUGAAGUUGUGGAUGAAAUUAAGAGGAAGAAACAGCCAGCUUUUGUUUUCAAAGCAGAUUUCGAAAAGGCAUACGAUUGCGUAGAUUGGUCCUUUUUGGAUUGGAUGAUGGAGAGGUUUGGCUUUGGAACAAAGUGGAGAGGCUGGAUUAGGGAAUGUCUUUCAACGGCGAGAAUCUCGGUCCUGGUAAAUGGAAGCCCGACAAAGGAGUUUGAGAUGGGUAAAGGUUUGAGACAAGGUGACCCUUUAUCUCCUUUUCUCUUUUUGAUGAUUGCAGAGGGGUUACAAGGGCUGAUAAAGAGAGCAGUAAAGGAGGAAAUGUUGCACGGGAUUGAGAUUGGAAAGAAAGGGUUGUCAGUGUCGUUGCUCCAGUUCGCGGAUGAUACAAUUAUAAUGGGUAGAGCGGAUGCUGAGAAUAUACGUAUGGUGAAGGACAUUCUAAUAUGGUUUGAGCUUAUGUCGGGGUUGAGAAUUAACUUUAGCAAGAGCAGUGUUUUCGGCUACAAUGUGUCUGAAAAAUGGCUUAAAGGUGCAGCGAGUAUGUUACAGUGUAGGGUUGGAAGAGCACCUUUUCUCUAUCUGGGAUUGCCUGUUGAUGGCAGAUUUGGGAGCAAGAAAUUAUGGGAGAUGGUAGUAAAUAAAUUCCGUGCCAAACUCGCUGUCUGGAAGGCCGCUACUCUUUCCUUUGGAGGCCGCCUCAUCUUGCUAAAAUCAGUACUCUCUGCACUUCCCAUUUUUUAUAUGUCUUUAUUUUUAUUACCAAAUUCUGUGCUUGAGGAGUUAGUUAGAAUUCAAAGGAAUUUUUUAUGGGGCGGGACAGGGUCAAAUAAGAAAAUUUCAUGGGUUAAAUGGGAAGAUGUAUGUCGUGAUAAAGCCAAAGGGGGUCUUAGGGUGCCAGAUUUACAGACGAAAAAUUGGGCAUUAAUAGGAAAGUGGUGGUAUAGGUUAGGUGACGGGGUCGAGAGUUUAUGGAAAAGGGUGGUGAGGGAGAAAUAUUAUGGAGGUAGGGAGGAGGUCGAUAUUACUUCAAUAGAGUGUUUAAGGGUGUCAAAGCUUUGGAGGGACAUCAUAAGGAUAGGGGGUCUGUCUCUCAAACAUAGGAACAUGUUAGUUGAGGGUUUCAAGUGGGAGGUGGGAGAAGGAAAUAGAGUGGAGUUCUGGUCUAAUAGGUGGGUUGGAGAUAAAAGCCUUAGGGAUCUUUUUCCAAGGUUAUUUGCAUUAUCUGUAAAGAAGGAGGGUAAGGUUUCUGAAAUGGGGACUUGGGAGGAGGGUAGAUGGCGUUGGCGGGUGGAGUGGAGGAGGGGCACAAUAGGGCGAGAGAAAGAUGAGGAAGAAUUGUUGGAGAAGGUGCUGGAGGGUGUCAACCUAAAGGAGGGGGCUGGGGAUGUUUGGAAGUGGGUCCACGGGUUGGAUGGUAAAUAUGAGGUGAAGCUAGCGUAUGUUUUUUUAGCUUCUUCGGAGAGGAUUUUGGAGGAACAGAUGUGCAAAUUAAUAGGGUGCAGGUUGGUGCCAUCCAAAGUGGCUUUUUUUAGGUGGCGACUGGGUUUAGAUAGACUCCCAACAAAGAAUAACUUGCAAAAACGAGGGAUAUGGCUGCAGGAGGGGGUUUUAUGCGAAUGUUGCAAUGGGAAGGUGGAGGAAGUUAAUCAUUUAUUUUGUGUAUGUGAUAAUGCGUGGUUAGCUUGGACUCAAGUGUUGAGUUGGUGGGGCUUAGAGUCUGUUUUGCCUAACACAGUUGUGGGAUUGGCAGAAUUUUUCAUUGGAGGUUUGGGCAGAAUAGUUGGGAAGGAGAUGGGCUCAUGUAUUUUUCUAGUGGUCGCUUGGUAUUUAUGGUAUAGAAGGAAUGUUCAAGUGUUUCGUAAAGAUGAAGGAAUACCAGAAAACCUGCUGGAAAGGAUGCAAGUUAAAACCUUUUUAUGGAUUAAAACCAAAGUCCAUGGCUGUGUUUUUUCCUUUUGUGAAUGGCAAUCCUGUCCAAUGGAGUGUGCUAUGUCUAUCAAAAACCAUAAAAGGAUGAGGAAGCAGUUCUUUAAAGCGGUAGCGUUAUCUAGUUGAUGGAGAGGCGGAGCUGUUUUCUCUUUAAAUGUUUGGUUUUGGGCACCUGACGCUCUUUGGUUCAGGUGGUGGUUGUUUGGUUGUCUUUUAUGGUUAUUAGGAGAGUGGCUCUCCUCUGUUCUGGUCUCCUAAUUUUUGUAUAAGGGCAGGAGCACCCCUUGUG